GAGCUCUAAAUCUCGCGAGAUUACCACUGUAACGGAGGACUGGGGCUUGGUCUUGAAGUUUUCAGAUGCAUCUGUAGAUGAAUCAUAACAACAUCAAGAUGUCGGGACGAUCAGGCCGUGCUGAGACCCGGAGUCGGGCUAAAGAUGACAUUAAAAAGGUCCUGGCCGCCAUCGAGAAAGUGCGGAAAUGGUAUGUAGUCUGUCGGGGGGACAAUAUGGAGGGAAAUAUUUAAGUCGAGACUGUAGCCUGAUAUCUGCUGCGUCGCUCAACAAACUUCAGUCGGAAAGUUGGAUGAUUGAAGGAGCUCUUGACCAAUCAAUACCCGAGUUUGACAGGCGAGGCGGGGCUAGCUGAGUUUUUUUUUCUCCACCGAGACCUGUCAAUAUGGCUACAGCCUCACAUGCUGGGUGCUGUAAUCCGCACGACUGUUCUGCUAUCAAAUUACAGCCAAACUAAACCACACUUUCCGAUUAAAUUCAACCAGUUUUUCCUUGUUUAUGAAAAGUAAAUGAUGAAAAUACAGGAGGAUGUCUCGAUGUGUGAUAGCUGUCAUCUAUUCAGAGGGAGACGAUUAUGUACAUUGCAUGCCAUUAUACCGAUCCCUGCUUAUGAGAGCAGUCUGUUUAGUGCAGCACCCUGAAUGAGCGCCUUCCAUUUAUUCUCCAAAUUCAUAUGAUCCUCAGGGAGAAGAAAUGGGUCACUGUUGGAGACACAUCCCUGCGCAUCUUUAAAUGGGUACCAGUCACAGAAACAAAGCAGGUGGGGGCUCUGCUAUGAUCAACUCAACUAACCUAUUGCUAUAAUAUUGAUUUAGAUAAUGAAGAAGAAAAUCCAAAGUUUCCCCCCUCUCUGUUACCAGAUAUACCGCACCAAAUCCACAGGUGGGGAUGUAAGAGGUCUGAAAGAUGUGGUCCUGGAAAACACCAACUCCCUACUGGACUUUACUGGUUAGCUUUCUAUCUAGAGCACAGGUGUCAAACUCAAGGCCCAGGGGUCACAUCUGGCCCGUGGAACAAUUAAAUCUGGCCCACAAGAUCAUAUCAUAUUUGUAUUAUUAUUGGCCGACCAGUAUGAGGUCUGUAGAUUUCCUCCUGGAUGAUAAUGUAAACUUAAGCGCCAUUAUUUAAAAUUUCCUUAAUAAACCAUGAAAAUCUGGGAAAGUAAAGAGUGAGAAAGAUUUGAUAAAUAGUCAAGAAUGUGGGGGAAAAAUUGUGUUUUAUCCAUAUUUCCAAUUUUGCAUCUCAAGAUUACAAGUCAAACCUGAUUUGAUGUUUCAUUUUGUGAUCUGAUUUUUUUCAGUAUUUAGAUUCAUGUCAUUUUAAUCCUUUAGAUACCAAUUUUGUAUUUUAAGUCAUAUUUUGAUCUUUCAAACUUGUGAUUUCAACCUCUCUUCCUGUGUUUGCUCUUUAAAAGCAUUAUUUUUCUAUUUUUAAUAUCGUGUUCUGAACUAAUCUAUUGGAUUUAUUUAUUUUUUAAUCUCAGAUUGCCUUUAAAUUUACAUUUAAAAUUUUUGAAUUUCCAAGUGGUUUAUAAUCAUUGUUGAUUUUGUUAUAUAUUUUGAAAAGAUGGCUGAGAGUUUGGGUUAAAUGUUGACCCUGUUGGGCCUUCAGUUUAGACUUAAAUCCAGAUUUUGGCCCUUGCUGUGGUUGAGUUUGACACCCCUGAUCUAGAGCCAUCUUGUGUAUGCCUUACUACACUUCAAACAUGUUGCAGGGGUUAAUGCUAUUGCCUGAUUCUCUGUGUGAUUCCUGUGCUCCCUACCUCAGAUGAAAAUAGCAAUCAGAGCUUUUUGUCGGAUGUUUACCAGCCCAAAAUGGAUAACAGCAGCAGCACAUCUAGCUCCCAGCAGGUCAGCCCCCCACAUACCUCUAGCCUUCGGACUGAAGACUCACAGCCACCCAUGUUGGGCCAAGAAAGUGUGGAUGGUAUGGAGAUAAUUCUCAAUGCAAAAGUUUUUAAUACUGUAUUGAAGUAUAAAAUUGAAUCAGUCCCGGGAACAUGUCAAUUCUCAUCAGUUUGCCCCACAUAAAGUCAGACCUCAGGAAUUUAUGUGGCAUUAAUUUUCUGUAUUUGAUGGCAGCAAUUAUACACACCAAGUACAUCUGUCAUACUAUGUGUUGUCCUGUGAUGUUUGUGCAUUCCUUUACUGCCAAGGCUGGUCUAAUGAAGGCACUGUCACCUUUCCUGUGAGUGCAGAGCCAGUUCAUUCAGGACAGGAGGGUGCUGAUGAGCCUCCUACCCUUAUCAAAGAGGACCUUCUUUCAUCAGGAACUAUCAGACGGAGCAGCCCAGACACACAGGUUCACUAUGUGACAAAGCGCAUUUUUAUUUCCUUUAUCACAUAAGAAUUUAGUAGUGUGAUAUAUAAAAAAAGAUAAAUUUUAACUUUAUUUUUUUCUGACCUUUUGAGAAAAAUAAUUUGUCGUUAUUUAUUGGAUGUCUUUCAUUUUUGUUUACAGGAAGAAUUGGAUGAAUCCGGAGCACCCCCUUUAAAGAAGAUUUGCACAGGAGAAAAUUCUGUUCUAAGAUAGCUUAUUUAUAAUCGUUUUGGUUAGAAUGCACACAAUACCUGUCUUUAGGCAGAGCUAGCUUAGCUUUCUAAAAUUCUCUUGAUAUGUUAACACAAAUAUUAUGUUUCAGCAAAUUACAAAAAAAAAGUAUUUACAGCAAUUUUUUGUUCACUUUAAAAGUUCUUUAAAUUGUUGGAAUAAAUGGUAAGAAUUUUACAGAGUGUGGCAAGGCACUGCUGUUGCAGGUGUAUUUGUAAUUCCAUUUUUUUGCUUCUGUCAUCUUUGGCGGUGGAACUUUACUUUUGCAUGUUUCCAUAUGGCUCUUGUGUAGUGGACAAUGUUUUGGAUGCUAAUUUUAAGAAAACAUGUAGUUUCAUGCAGAUCGGUCUUAAAGUGUGCUCAUUUUUUUUCCAUAUUAUGCCUUCUUUGGAACAAAUAUUCUUUUUGCUUAUCUCAUCCAAGAAAAUGCUAUUUUAAUAUUUAUGAUAGAAUUUGUCAUGUUUAGAAAUGAAAACAGUGUAAACCACAAUAAAUGCUUAUAAUUUGCAUUUAUGCCAUUAGUGUUGCAAGGGUAGUACUUACUCUUUCUCACAUACUGUAGGGGAGACCGGGGUAAGUUGAGCCACCCCCUGUUGCUUGGAAAUGGUAAGAGAAAUCAUGAGGGAUCAUGUGACCAAAUAUUGAGGAGAUGGGCAUCAAUUCAUGGAGUCUGUAAGGUUAGAAGCACAUGGGUGAAGGGGUUAGACAUUUAUUUCCAAAAAAACAUUUUCCACUCUUGAAAGUGAAUUUAGGCUAUGUUCACACUGCAGGUCAAUUCUGAUUUUUUAACCAUAUGUGACACAUAUCUGAUUUUUUCAUGCGAGUGUGAACAGUGCAAUUCAGAUUUUUUCAAAUCCGACCCAGGCCUCUUUUGUAUGUGGAUAUUAAUCGGAUAUGUAUUCGAUGUGACUGCAGAGUAGACACUCAGGUCGCGUUCAUCCAACCUAUACGUCAUCAAUAUGCGACAAACGUCACCAUUGUUCGACAACACAAACAAGCGCGGAAAGCAAUUUGUGCAUUGUGCGCAUGCGGGUCACUUCACGGAAGCAUUCCAUUCACAUUAGAUGCCGCAUUCGUUGUUGUAAUGUGAACAUUAACGUGUUGUAAUGUACCCCGCUCCUAUGGUCAACUUACCCCGAGUAUAGGGUAAGUUGACCAUAGGAGACCACUUUUUUUGGCAUGCUAUAUUAUCAAGACAGUUAUGUUUACACUCAUUCUGUUGGGUUACAGGGAUGUGCAACAUCUUGAAAUAUAUGCAGAUACACUUGUUAGAGACAAAACUAUGAUUGUCUUGAUGUAGUGAUCAGAAUUAUGAAAAAUGGCUCAUCUUACCCCACUCUCCCCUACUCUUUCUCACAUACGCAAUCAUUCAGCCACAAAAUGAAGGCCCUUUUAUUUACUGAAUACUGCAAAUCGUGGUGCACAAACAAUGGACUCAAAUAAAUCUGAUAAUGAUGACAGGAGUGAAGUUUUCAGGACAUUUAUCGUCCAUAUAUUUUCACGUAAUUACAUGACAAUCAUUUAAAAAAA